AGAGAGAGAGAGAGAGAGAGAGAGAGAGAGAGAGAUUUUUUGUGUUUUUUGGUGAGAAGAAAUGGAGAAGAACGUUAUGAUGGUGUGUAUACCUGCUGGUUUUCUUGGGGUUGUGGCUACUGUUUUGGGUUUUGCUGCAGAGGCUAAGCAUGUCAGGGCUGCUGAUGUUCGGAUGACAGAUACUUCAUGCAUAUACCCCAGGAGCCCUGCUUUAGCCCUUGGACUAACUGCAGCAGUGGCCCUUAUGCUAGCCCAAGUUAUCCUCAACACGGCAGCUGGAUGCAUUUGUUGUCAAAGGCGUCCACAAGCUCCUUCAAAUCCUAACUGGAUGAUUGCCUUGAUCUGCUUCAUUGUCUCUUGGAUCACUUUUGUGAUAGCCUUUCUUCUCUUCCUUGCUGGCGCUGCUCUGAACGAUCAACAUGGUGAUGAAAGUACAUAUUUUGGUGGCUACUGUUUUGUGGUGAAAUCUGGGGUUUUCUCCGGCGGGGCUAUACUCUCACUAUCUAGUGUUGCUCUGGGCAUCAUUUAUUAUGUCUCCUUGUCUUCAUCGAAGACUCAUGAAUCAUGGGGUAACCAAAACAAUCAAUCCAUCGCCAUGACACAGACAACUCAGCCUGUGUUUGUACCUGAGGACACCUACAACAGAAGGCAGCAGUUUCCCUGACUUUUUCUUGCUGUUCGUCAGCUGGCCUUUCUUGAGGUGUGCCUAUUAUUCAUUUUGAACUACUGCUACAAAAAUCUGGGAUGACCAUUCGUGUAUUGAUAGCAGGCAACGAGGCCCCUUGGUUUUCUUUCAUUUACUCAUUUCUGUCAAAUUUUCAAUCUCUCUUCUUGUUAUACAUGAAUUUCUCAACAACUAGGAUUCUACAAAUUUUUUUUUUGUUUUUCCUAUAUACAAAUGAGGUGUUGCUUCUCCCUCUCCUUUCAAGGUUGUCCAACUGGAUUGGUUUUUUUUAAUCUUUUCCUGUAGUAAAAUUCUAUUGUUGAAUCUGGGAAAUUCUUGAAUUUGAGUUUCUUGUCCUUA